AUGGCUGUACAGAACCACACAUCAGUCACAGAGUUCAUACUCUUGGGUAUUCCCAACACCCAGGGGCAGGAAGUUCUGCUCUUUGUGGUGUUCUUGAUCUUCUACAUCUGCACCCUGACUGGAAACCUGCUAAUCCUUGUGGCAGUGCUGUCAGACUCCCGCCUUCACACUCCCAUGUACUUCUUCCUGUGCAAUCUGUCAGUGCUGGACAUUGGCUUCUCCUCUGUGACCACCCCCAAGAUGUUGGCCAAUCUGCUUCAGGGGAACCGCAUCAUUUCUCUGGGAGGCUGCAUGGCCCAGGUCUUCUUCUACCACUUCCUGGGCUGCACUGAGUGUCUGCUCUACACAGUCAUGGCAUUUGAUAGAUUUGCGGCCAUCUGCCACCCACUGCGAUACACCAUCAUCAUGAAUCGCCGAGUGUGCAGCCUGCUGGCAGCGGGCACCUGGGUUAGCAGCUCGUUCCAUGGCACAAUCCUCACCACACUCACCUUCCAGCUUCCCUACUGCAGGUCUAACUUGGUGGACUAUUACUUCUGUGACAUCUUCCCUGUGGUCCAACUGUCCUGUGGCAACACCAUCAUCAUUGAGACCGUGAGUUUUACCAACAUUAGCCUGUUGGCCAUGACAUGCUUCCUAUUCAUCCUAAUAUCCUACAUCCUCAUUGUGGUGGCCAUCCUCAGGAUGAACUCAGCUGAGGGGCGGCGCAAGGCAGCGUCCACCUGUGCAUCUCACCUGGCUGUAGUUACACUGUUUUUUGGGCCCUGUGCACUCAUCUAUACUCAACCUUCACUCAGCGAGGUGCUGGCCACCCCCGUGCAAAUCUUUGGCAAUGUUGUCACCCCUAUGCUGAACCCUACUGUCUAUACUUUAAGAAAUAAAGAUGUCAAGGGAGCCCUAAAGAAACUAACUGGGGGGAAAAUUGUGUCUGAAGGUCACUUGUCCCCUGGAGCAUGA